AUGGCAUCAAAGCCGGUCAAAAUGCCUCAUUUGCCUAAUUCAAAUUAUUUAUUAUAUUGGUGGGAAUUGAUCGAAACUUUUGCUGAAAAGCAGAUAGAAGAAGCUCUCGAGACGGAUCAAGCUUGUACAAAUUCAGAAAGUUACGUCAGAAAGGUGAAUCAAGAAACAAAAGAUGCCUCCAUAACUGACAAUAAUGCAACCAGUGGAGUUGUACAAAUUGACCAAGUUUCAAAACAUAAUGCAAAGAUGCCAACAAGUAAACCAGCAUCUAAACCUGACAAUUUAGAGAAGUCCUUUAGGAACACUUCUGAUUUUGCCACUACUCAACUCCCAGGUCCAAAUCCAAGAGUGCCUUCAAAUUCUGACCUUUCAACCACCUCAUCAGGAGUAACAACAGGAACCACAAGGGGGUUUCCUAUGCCAACCAAAAACACCAAUCAAGGCCAAGUGAGUGGCACUAGCUCCCGUAGUGAUAGUUUAGAGAGCAGUUGUAGUGCACCUAUUAAGCCACACACUGGAGGUGAUGUAAGGUGGGAUGCAAUUAACAUGGUUUCAAAGGGCAAUGGUCUUAAUCUUAGCCAUUUUAGGCUUCUAAAGCGUGUUGGUUAUGGAGACAUUGGAAGUGUAUAUCUUGUGGAACUUAAAGGAAGUAAGGCCUUCUUUGCCAUGAAAGUAAUGGAUAAGGCCUCACUUGCAAGUAGAAACAAGCUUCUGAGAGCACAAACAGAAAGGGAGAUUCUUGGACUUCUUGACCACCCAUUUUUGCCAACUUUGUAUUCUUACUUUGAAACUGAAAAGUACUACUGUUUGAUCAUCGAGUUCUGCAGCAGUGGUAGUCUUCAUUCUCUAAGAUUGAAGCAACCUAAGAGGCAUUUCACUGAAGAAGCCGCACGGUUUUAUUGUUCAGAGAUUUUGUUAGCUUUGGAAUACCUUCACAUGCUAGGCAUUGUGUACAGAGACUUAAAGCCAGAGAAUGUUCUAGUCCGAGAUGAAGGUCACAUAAUGCUAUCAGAUUUUGAUCUUUCACUUCGGUGCUCUGUGAGUCCUACACUGGUGAAGUCAUCAUCAGCACGUGUAAGUAGCAGUGGUCUUUCUGGGGGCAUUUUGGAUGAUGAUCAAGCAGUGCAUGGUUGCAUACAGCCCUCAAGUUUCUUCCCACGCAUUUUGCCUUCAAAAAAGAAUCGCAAGUCAAAGUCAGAUUUUGGCCUAAUGGUUGGAGGGCGCCUCCCUGAACUAAUGGCAGAGCCUACAAAUGUGAGGUCAAUGUCCUUUGUAGGGACACACGAGUAUCUUGCACCAGAGAUUAUUCGCGGCGAGGGACAUGGUAGUGCAGUGGAUUGGUGGACAUUUGGAAUCUUCUUGUAUGAGCUCUUGCAUGGAACGACACCCUUCAAGGGUGCAGGAAACAAAGCCACAUUGUUUAAUGUUGUAGGACAGCCUUUAAGGUUUCCAGAAACACCCCGUGUUAGUAGUGUUGCAAGAGACCUUAUAAGAGGGUUGUUGGUGAAAGAGCCUCAGAAAAGGUUUGCUUACAAAAGGGGUGCCACAGAAAUUAAACAACACCCCUUUUUUGAGGGAGUGAAUUGGGCUCUAGUUAGAAGUGCCACACCUCCUAUUAUACCUGAACCUCCAGAUUUUUCCAAGUAUGCUAGCAAGGAAAAUGUGGCCCCAAUAGACAAGAAGAUUGCAGAUAUUGUUGCAAGUGAUAAAAGUAGCCAUAAACAACCUGAUUCUUCUUAUGAAGAUUUUGAGUACUUUUAG